UGAAGUAAUGUGAUUCGCAUCUGGUUUUGACGCUUGUUAGGAUCUUCUAAUACGUGACUACCUCAAAUUGUACACAUCAACACGAGUUUGCCUCGAGUUGACUUGUCGGAUGCGGCUCGGCAAUCCGCACUGGCAGGCGAAUGUCGACUGUUGAGUGUCCGAUCGAUGAGGCGUUGUUUGGGUGCAAGGAACGUGGUCAAGUAUCAUCCUGAACAUUCCUAGGACCUAAAUCACAAUGGGCACAAGCAAGAAUAUCGUCCUCUUUGGGCAGGCAGGGGCAGGCAAAAGCUCGCUCGUCAAUCUCAUGGCGGGAGAUAACUUAGCAAAAACAUCCAGUGACAUGAGAUCCUGCACAUUGCAAUCGGAAGAAUAUCGCAUCAAAUUCGAUGGCAUGUCAUAUAAUGUGUUCGAUACCGUUGGACUUGAAGAACCACAGCUGGGAAUCCAACAGUACCUCAAUGCUGUCGAGAAUGCCUACACGCUCAUUCAGAAUCUGGAGAAACGAGGCGGGAUUGAUCUACUGCUGUUCUGCAUGCGCGCAGGCAGACUCACUCCUACGCUUCAAACCAAUUACCGGCUCUUUCACGAAUUCCUCUGUGACAAGAAGGUUCCCAUCGUCGUGGUGAUCACGUACCUUGAAAAUGAGAAAGGAGAAAUGGAUGGCUGGUGGAAGAGAAACAAAGACAUUUUCGAUGAACGGGAUGUCCGUGUCGCUGGUCAUGCAUGCAUCACUGCCAUUAGAGGCAAUUAUCCAGACCGGUAUGAAGAAUCGCGCACCACGAUCCGCAAUCUUGUCACGAAGUGGACUGCUGACGGGCAGGGGGGGACAUGGAAAGGAGGAGACAGCACGUUCGUGUCGUUCGUGCGUAAGCUGAAGGGGCUACUUGUGGGGAAGGAGAAACCGCGUAUGAAGAAGAAUAUGGCGUCCCGCCUCACCAAGCGUUGCGGUUUGCCUCCAGAUGUCGCAAAACAGUUAGCUGAUAGGAUUAAGGACGACAUGGCGGAAGGAGCUACUUGACUUCCCGUGUUUGAUAACUUAUGCUCAUCCGGUUGUAGACUUUUAUCAAAUUGUUCUUGCCAAAAUGUUGUCGUACCUAUUCUACUUAAAAUUACUUAAAAUUAUGCAUGCUGAAGUCGAGCA